UGAUGUGAAUAUUCCUUACAUGACUGGUACAAACUCCAGGUGCAGCAGCUGAAAUCUGAAACAUGGAGUUUAUUAAAGAGGAGAUUGAAGACACGAGUGAUCCAGAACCAUCCAGAAUAAAACAUGAAGAUACUGAGGAACAAACAGACUGGAUAGAAGUAAAACAGCGAAGACAUGAGGUGAAUGAAGUGGAGGAGGAACACCGUAAAAUCAAAACUUCAAGAAAAAAAGCCAAACAGCUGCACACCUGCUCACAGUGUGGAAAGAGUUUCAGACACAAAGGAGUCCUUAAGAAGCACAUGAGAAUCCACACUGGAGAGAAACCAUACACAUGCCCUCAGUGUGGAAAGAGUUUUACUGAUGCAUCUGGUCUCAGUUAUCAUCUGCAUGUUCACUCUGGAGAAAAGCCAUUUAACUGUGAUCAGUGUGAAAAAAUAUUUAUUUCACCAUCAGGUCUAAAAAGUCACAUGAAAGUUCAUUCGGAUGAGAAGCCUCAUGUGUGUUCUUACUGUGGAAAUAGUUUUUCACGACUGGCUCACUGUAAACGGCACCAGAAAACACAUAAUGAAGUGAGAGAUAAUGUGUGCUAUGAAUGUGGGAAGAGCUUUACUACAGCUGGCGAUCUGAAACUGCAUCAAAGAAUUCAUACUGGAGAGAAACCUUACAAGUGCUCAUAUUGUGACAAGAGUUUCACUCAGUCUGGAAACCUGAAAUCACAUGAGCGAGUUCAUACUGGAGAGAAGCCAUUUAGCUGUGAUCAGUGUGGUAAAAAGUUUAUUUCACCAUCAGGUCUAAACACUCACAAGAAAGUUCAUUCAGAUGAGAAGCCUCAUGUGUGUUCUUUCUGUGGAAAGGGUUUUUCAAGGCUGGACAGUUGUAAACAGCACCAGAAAACACAUGAUGAAGUGAGAGAUCAUGUGUGUCAUGAGUGUGGGAAGAGCUUUACUACAGCUGCCUAUCUGAAACAGCACCAAAUGAUUCAUACUGGAGAAAAACCUUGCAAGUGCUCAUAUUGUGACAAGAGUUUCACUCAGGCAGGAAAACUGAAAGUACAUGAGCGAGUUCACACUGGAGAGAAGCCGUAUCACUGUACUCAGUGUGGAGAGAGUUUUACCGCAGCAACAAGUCUCAGUUAUCAUCUGCACGUUCACUCUGGAGAAAAGCCAUUUAACUGUGAUCAGUGUGGUAAAAAGUUUAUUUCACCAUCAGGUCUAAAAAGUCACAUGAAAGUUCAUUCACAUGAAAAGCCUUAUGUGUGUUCUUACUGUGGAAAGAGCUUUUCAUGGCUGGCCAGUUAUAAACAGCACCAGAAAACACAUAGUGUGGUGAAAGAUAAUGUGCUUUGAGUGUGGGAAGAGCUUUAGCUGUCUUUCUGAAACGGCACCAAAGAGUUCAUACUGGAGAAAAACCUUACAAGUGCUCAUAUUGUGACAAGAGUUUCACUGAGUCUUUAGACCGGAAAAAGCAUGAGCGAGUUCAUACUGGAGA